AAACCUUAUAUAACCGUAUAAGCAAUGUAAGGUGUCUGUAGGGGUGGAGUUUAAACAGCUCAUCUCAGUUGGAGUCCCGUUGGAAGAGGCGAACCAUUAAAAUGGAGAAUCACUUUAAUGAUGAAAGCACGUCCAGCUCUUAUAGCACCUGUAAACGGAUAGACCAAUAUGGAUUCGAGAGGUCAGAGGACUUUAACCAUCAAGAGCGCAUGUCUGAGUAUGAAGCUUUUCUUAACAAAAGAUCAAAAAAGUGGUCUAAACUUUUGCAGGGCACUGUCAAUGUGGAGAAGAAUCUGAAAGUAAAGAGAUAUGUGAGGAAGGGAGUACCGUGUGAACAUCGGGCUCAGAUCUGGAUGGCAGCUAGUGGAGCCCAGGAUCAGAUGGGGAGAAAUCCUGGUUACUAUCAUUCUCUAUUAAAGGCUCAACAUGAUCCUAAAGUUGAAGAGGCUAUACGUGCUGAUAUGCACAGAACCUUUCCGGAUAACAUUCAGUUCCGUGACUCUUCCCAUCCAUGUUUACAAAGAGCCCUGUUUAAUGUACUACUGGCUUAUGGACACCACAAUAAGGAUGUUGGGUACUGUCAGGGAAUGAACUUUGUUGCUGGUUACCUUCUCCUUAUCACAAAGGAUGAGGAGAAGUCUUUCUGGUUAAUGGAUGCUUUAAUUGGUAAAAUCCUACCAGAUUACUACACACCAUCUAUGUUGGGGCUUAAAGUGGACCAAGAGGUACUUGGGGAGCUUGUCAGAAUGAAGGUUCCUGAUGUCGGCAAGGUUAUGAAUCAGCAUGAUGCAAUAUGGACCCUGGUGGUCUCAAGAUGGUUCAUCUGCCUUUACAUUGAUAUCCUUCCUAUAGAGACAGUGCUUAGGAUAUGGGACUGCCUGUUCUAUGAGGGAUCCAAGAUCUUGUUUCGUGUGGCUUUGACACUUAUCCAUCACCACCAGAACUUCAUUUCAAAGGCACAGAGUCUCCAAGAAAUCUGUGAACGCUUCAAACAGAUAACCUGUGGGGAGUUUGUGGAGGACUGCAAUAGUUUUAUGCAGAAAAUCUUUAUGGAGCCUGGAGGUCUCUCUAUGGCAACAAUCACUAAACUCAGAGAGGUCUGUAGAAAUCGCAUUGCUACUUCUGCAUAAAAACUAUGUCAUACAAAUUUUGCUAACAUGACUUCAUCCGAGUUAAAAGUCUCUUAUUAAGAAGUUGUAAAAGUUUAAACGUUUUUUUAUUUGCUCAUAAAAAUGUUGUUUUGAUAAAAGUGAUUAAAUGCAUUAUUUUGUUUAAA